AAGUCUUACAAAUAUUUGGUUCAUUGCCAUAGUUGCUUGGCACAGACAGCAGAAAAUGUACAAGCUUCAGUCAUGCAUAAGUCUUCAUCUGCUUACACUAGAAUUUAAGGGGUGUGGAGUCAUCAGGAAGAAAGGAAUUCUCAAGAUAUUCAUGGCCUUGAAUUACAUCAAAAUUGUUCAUAGCCAAGAACAUUAUGAGGCUGCAGCGUCUGGGGAUAACCCAUGUUCUGAAUGCAGCAGAGGGGAAAUCAUUCAUGCAUGUGAACACUAAUGCAGAGUUCUAUGAAGGCACAGGCAUCAGAUACCAUGGCAUUAAAGCUAACGAUACACAGGAAUUUAACCUCAGUCGCUAUUUUGAGGAGGCAGCUGAUUUUAUUGAGAAAGCCCUUUCCCAGAAGGAUGGACAGGUGUUGGUGCACUGCCGGGAGGGCUACAGCCGCUCACCCACGCUGGUCAUCGCGUACCUGAUGCUGCGGCAGCGCAUGGACGUGCGGAGCGCGCUCUGCGCCGUGCGGCAGAAGCGAGAGAUCGGCCCCAAUGAUGGCUUCCUGAGGCAGCUCUGCCAGCUCAACGAGCGGCUCCUGAAGGAGGGCAAGCUCAAGCCCUAGGACACAGCACUGCAGUGUUGCUUUUUAAGUUUCUCAGACCUUUAGAGGAUGCUUUAGAGACCCAAAUUGCAACCACCAGGCUAAAGCGAAACAGAAUUCCUGCUUGUCUAGUGAACGUAUCCUUCUUGAACUCUGUGACUGUCUGUCAAGAUGGUACAAAAUUGUGUCACUGUUUGGAGCUGUUGCCAUAAAGAGAUGUUUUUAGAGUGAUAACUCCAGUGAUAACAGCUGUCUUCACACAUAUUUCAGAGCCCCUGCAGACUCCAUAGCAUACGUGGUUUGCAUUGACAUUGAAUGUGAUUCAUUUAAGCUUUGUCUUUAAUCCCACCAGAGCACCAGUUCCCAAAAGCCCCAACACAUCUCUUCACUCACUCUUAGCAGGAGCACUGUAAUUUCUAAAGCUUCUUUUUCAUGCACACAGGUGCCUAAAGUUUGAAUGUAGGAGCUUCAAGGAAUGGGAAGCAUAUAUACAAUUGCACAGAUGCAUUCACUUGGAAAAUGAAGUGCAUGCAGCAUUUCGUGUGGAUUUAUGCAAUACACAGUGUGAUAGUAAAGCCAUUCAGAGCCCAUGCUUCAUGCACACUGUGUUUCCAAGAAUAGUUUUUUAUCUCUUGCUGUUACAAUGGACGUUAAAUGGUCUAUUAUUAAAUGCUCUUUUAUUUUUAUUUUGAAAGCAUACUAGAAAAAAAUGCCAAGCGCAAAUGCUGAGGGAAGAACUUGAACAAGGAAGAAAUAUUAGUCUUUAGAAGUGCUUGUGGUGGAUGUAUAAUUAAGUCCUAAGUAUACUAAAUAUAAUGGCUUUCAAAGCUUGUAUGGAAUUACAGUGUCUUUAUCUCUUCUUUACUAUCACUGUUCAGUAACACAAAGUGGAAUGACCACACAAGCAGAUUCCUUCCAGCAGAGGUGUGCUUACAAAGCAGUUUGCAGAAGAACACUCUUGACUUCUUGGAUUGCUUGCAUGAUAUCAUUAACUAGAAAUGAGCAUUGUAAUGUACCACACUGUGUAGGAAAUAUUUACACUAUAUUCAAAUAAAUGAUGUCUUGAUGCUGUUUACUACAGAUGAAAUGAGUCAUUGCAGUGUUGGGAGAGGGAGCUUUGUUUGCACUGUGCCUGACUUGGUGUUUAAAUGUGUACCUGUGAGUUACAGCACUGUGUUAAUGCAAAUAAUCUCCCACUGCAAAAUGGGUUGGUUAAACCAUCAGAAACCAGAGUGACUGUUCCAUUCUCACCUAUGCUUUGAUGUAGUUCCAGGAUGAAACACAGUGUUUUAAACAUAAACACUGUAUUGGUAACACAUGUGAUCCCAGAUGUAGUUUUGUCUACUCAGUUUAGUAAUCAGGAAUCACAAAGGACACGCAUGCAUUGUUGUACUCCUGUUGUUGGGGUUCUGUGGUUUGGAGAUGUGGGAGUGGAGGCUCUGUACAGCAAGGUAACAUUCUUGGAGUUAAACUCCAGAGGUGAGUUUAACUUGAGCUUGAGCUCCAGUCUUACUGUUUUUCCUUCCACAGGAUGGAACUGCCACAUCAAGGAGCCUUUUCUCUGUUGUGUGCUUCAGGUGAUGGUUGAGGAACAUUCUACAUGGUAUCCCUGUCACAUCUCCAGAGUCACUCAGUAUCCAGUGCUUGCUUUGAAUCAGGAUGGUUCAGUAGUAAUAAGCUGUAGUCAAUUCCAGUAAUUACAUACCUGUCUGCUUUCUCCCACUGAUCCAUUUAAUGAGGGGUAGAUUAAUUGCUUCUUCAAAAUUCCUAGUUACUAAUUUAAUGUUAUGUGAAAUAGGAGUAGUGGCUUUAGAAAUAGGAAUAUUGGCCUUACCUUUUCUACAGUGCUGACUUUUCAUACUGCAAUCUAAUUUAUAAACUACCCUUUAAAAAUUUUUAUUUUAAACAUAGAUUUUUUUUUUUGUCUUGUCUCACACCAUGUACUCAACACCUAUUUGCACUAUAAGGAAGAAAAGGGAAAUUCAUGUGGAUGCACUUUAUCUUUCACCUGUUACUUGGAAGUCAAAAUUCCAGUCCAUGAAAGAGCUAAGAAACCAUUAGACCUUUGUUACUCUUGAGUAGAUUGUAAGAAAGCUGGAAUUUGUCAUAUUGGAACCAGAAAGGUUUAUUAAAAUUGAGUCUGUUUACUUUAUGGUGAUGUUUCUGUAUUUGUAAGCAUCAAGAAAUACUGAAAAUCAAAACAGAGGGGAAUGUGAUCUUACAUUGAAGAUAUUUUUUUGCUUCAUGGGACACUGGUGACUCUUAUGGUAACUGGCCCAUUUGUCUUGGUAGAACAAAACUGAUUUUGCAAAUGUUUUGUAAUAUGAGGGUGGAGAGGCAGAAGUAAGACAACAUAAAUUUGUUUUAAAAGUGAGACAGUAUAUCAUAUUUAAAAUUACUGAUAGGCAACUCAGCAAUGAAACCAUUUCUGCUUUUAGAGCAGACUAAAAAUAGUUAAAAUGUCAGAUCACUGCUCCAUUAAUAGAUCAUACCCUUCCUCUCAGUCUUGCUCCAACUACAGCCAUGUUGCAAGUUCCUCUGCACAUUUUAUCUGGCCAGGAAGAUCUUGUAUGCCUCUAAUCCACAAUUAUAUUCUCUGUAUUUCUAAAUUUCUCUUCCUGAUUGUAGAAGGAAAGAUUGUAUAAAACAUGGGGAUGAGAGCUUCCUUUCCAUGUAAUAUGAAAUUGAGAAUGUAUUGGAAGAAAUAGAACUUCUUAUUCCUCUGAAAUUGCUGAGCACCUGCACUUUGCUGUGAGAUCUUCCUUAAAAGAAUGCUAAUUUAGGGAGAUACAUUUUAAAAGAACUGUUUGUUGCAAACAGCAACACUCUACUUCUGAAGCUGAAACUUCCUGGCCACAGCUGAAAUAGUGUAAUCAGGAAUUACAUUAAUAUGUUUAUAUUAAUAUGAAUUGCAGUGUGGUAGAUUUUGUGUGGGUAGCGUGUGGAGAAGCGAUAUGCAUCUCUCAUGGAACAAAGAUGCCAAGUCUAGCCCAAUGAAAGAAAAUGCAACAGCUUAGGUUUUUUUGUACUUAAGAGUUAGUGAAGUUAGAGAGGAUGGGAAAAGAUGAAAAACUACUCAUAUUUUACAACAAGGAAGAAAGAUGAAAGUCCAGAUGGACAAAAUGAUGAUCCAUGUAAAAUUCACCCACUCACACUGAACUAAAUUUUUCUUAGCUGAUGAAUAAGUAUAGAAAAGAAGUCUGUAACUAAAAAUUAAGAUAGAAAGCAAAAAUAAGAUUUUGUAGUUCUUUCUUCAUCCUUUGGUCGUGCAGUGAGACUACAGCAUAGAUAGGGGUUGUACCUGGCAUGGAGCUCUGCACCACAGAUACUGCCAGAAAGACUUCAUGAGAGAAUGGUGCUCUGCUGAAAAGUGAACGUUGCAUGAAGUUAUUUCAAACUUGAAAUUAAUGGCAUCUGAAUGCAGAACUAGCAGCCACAAAACAUUGUAUUGUAAUUCCAUUUUUGGGUGUUAAGCCUGUAUUAAAAUUGGACAUCCUUUUCUAAUUAUGAUUGGUGAUGUGAGAAUUCAUCUUCUUAAAUGGCCUUGGAGGUGAAAGGCACCAUGUAUAAUAAUAAUGAAUGUUUCUGAGUUGAAAAAUUUGUGUCAAAUACAUCUUCCUCCUCCUCAGCAAAGAACAGCAGAAAGAAUAUUAGCAAUGUUUAUUUUCAUCAUUUAGAUAUUUCAUUGAGCUGCCUUCUGUUGUCCAGAACUAAUCAAAUCUCUGAUGUCAGAAGCAGAAGCAGGACUUUUUACCUUCUUUUAUUUUUUAUAUUAGCUCUGCUAGUUUACUAUGAUGUUUUUAGCACAGAGAGACUAUCUAGUGGUGUCUUUCUUAGUUUAGCACAGAAGUUUUUUUUCUAAAAUUACUUUCUGGGCUUCAGCAAUGAGUACAACUAGAAAUAGAACAAACCUGAGAGGUGUCUCUUAAGGAUUUGCUGGUGAGAAUUAGUGUCCCAUUAAUGUUUUCUGCAAACAAAUCCUGGAAAUUA